AUGGUUGUCAGAGCAGUUCCGCGAGGCCAGGCCAUUAACAUCACUGCGUACCGGGAUAUUGCUAUUAGAAUCAGCCAGCAGUUCAUGCGGCCGUCAAGCGCGUUUGCCAGCAACAUACAGGAGAAGCGGGAAUUGGCAGCAGCCACAUUGAAUACAGAUGUGAAGGAUAGCAUAGAUAAGGAGCAGUGGAUGAGCUAUAUUACUGAUUUGCAGGCUGUGCAUUUAUUAUAUUUGGCGGGGAUGUUUUUAGGAUUUAUAUCCACCGCGGUGUUGGGGCCUGGGAUCAGCAAGCACAAGCAAUCCCUUGUACAGGCUCCCGCAUUGCGGGUAAUCCAGGAUAGUGAGAGUCCUGUAAUGGCAGUAAUGCCUACUGGGGGAGGCAAGAGUAUGUUGUUCAUGUUACCUGCAUUCACAGAGCCCGGGGGCGUGACAAUUAUAAUCAUGAUUGACAAGUGCUAUAUAAUAUUAAAUAACCAGAAGGAUUUCCGGCCUGAGUUAUGGCAGUUAAGCCAGUUAAACCAUGCCUGCAUACAGAUACCUGUAGUCCUCUAUCCGGCGGCCAUGUGGUUUGAGACUGAAUCUUGGACCGGCAGCGGAAAGAUGAUUAUAUAUAGCCAUGCAGUGAGCCAUAUCACGGGUAUUAUCCGGAUUAAUAAGCCAUUUAUAUUGCACUGGUUUAUGCAGGGGGAGACUAUGGUGAUCGCUGCUAUCAGUAUAUUAGGAAUAGAAGUGGAUAUCCCUGAUAUCUACAGUAUUAUCCAUAUUGGGAUGCCGCGGACAUUGUUGGAUUAUGUACAGAAGAGUAAAUAA